GAAACAGGCACUUCAUCUCUUUGUUGUUCGAAGAUCAGCUAAAAUCAUGAUCGUCGAUCCGGCUAAAAGGUCUGAAGAUCCAAUCUCCCGUUCGGAUGUCCAUAUUCUGAGAGAGAUCCUGGCUGCCGAAUCCGCCAUGGAAUCCGGCAAAGAUCUCCCGAGAUUUGCAGGUCCGAGAAGACCAACCGAUCUGAAAAAAGAAUCCGGAGAACGGUUUCCAUGUAUGGAGAUCGGAUCUCACAUGGAAUCGGGCGAGCUUCCGAGACUUAUAGAAGCGAAAAGAAGCCUUGAGAGAUCGAAGGAUCGGAGUGUUUCAGGCGAAUGGAAGAGGUUUCCAGCGGAAGAGACGGAGAAGUGGAGAGAUGCGUGGGACAGAUCCGAUGAUUGGAGGUUUCCGUUCGUUCAUCAUCAGGUGCUGAAGAUCAGAGAAGAGGAUUUGCAUCUCGGCGAAGACUUAGGCGAGGGUUUGAGCGCGAAAGAUAAGAUCGCUUUCCUUCAUCUCAGAUCGCAGGUGGAUGCUCUGUUCUACUCGCGGCCGAUUCUGCGAUCUUCUCCCCUCGGCAAUAAGACGGCCAUCGAAUCCGUGCAGUGAGAAGAGGAUUGCAUGCGUACUCGAGAAGGGAAAGAAAGCAUCGUCAUUCAAGCAAUCGGGUUCGUGGGUUCUUCUUUCAGGGUCGAAUUUCUAGCUUCUUGUUACUAUCGGCUUAGAUGGUGGGAUAAUUCGAUCUGGCGCGCCCGUGUACAGACAAAGAUAGCGUAGUGUGUUAGUUUUCAGCUGUGUGUGUUUUUCAUUCCUCUCUAAUUUUCCGAUGUUCUUCUCUAGAACCUUGCUGUAAGUAAUCCAUGGUCUGAUAGGAGAACGAGUAAAAAUGGGGGAGAAUAUAUGGACAUGUGGUAGAUGGAGAAAUAUAAAAGAUGAAAAAACCAGUUUCCUUUUCCAA